AUGACAACAAAAGUUAUUGCUACAGGCUCCGAGUCCGAGAUAGCCAACAAUGUGGAGACCCAGUUCGACGAUAAUAAGGUGGUGUUUCUGUCGUGGGUCCAGAAACGAUCCUUCAAGACACAUCAGUGGAAUAAGCGCUGGAUGGUUCUCCGAAAUUGCCAACUCAGCUACUACAAAAAGAGCUCUGAACACAAGCCUAGCAAAGUGCUCAACAAAUCUGAGUUGCUAGCAUUCAGUGACGUUCAAGAUGCCCAUAAGGAGCAUGAGAAUCACUUCGCCAUCUAUACGAGCAGCCGUGUCUACCACUUUCGAGUGGAAAGCAAGCAGCUUCAGAAUAGUUGGAUGAAGGCUUUGGAGAGUGUGGUGAGACAAUAUGAGGACGACUCCAAUGAGGAUGAGGAGCACGAGACAGCGGCAAGUCAUCUAUCGAACCUCCUGAAGGAUAAGAGGGAGGGAGAAUAUUUGGUUGAGCAGGGCGAACUACGAAAGCUUCGAAAGAGAUACAGUCAAUGGCGUAAGCUCUAUGUGGUGGUCACCAACAAAGCCAUCUAUUUCUGUAAACUGAAAGAACACAAGGACAGGGCAUACAAGAUCAUAAAGAUGGAGAAUGUCAUGGAUGUUAUCGAAGUUGAUGCCACGCGAGGGAAGAGCUGGUGUAUCAUGGUAAUUACCCCGAUGAAGCGCAUAUAUUUGGGUGCACAAGACGAACACGACAUGACAAAAUGGCUAUCGGCAAUCAAAGCCGUGGUUUUGCUGAAAAAGCGAAAUUGA